CCCAGCAGCCCAGCUCGCGGGCGUGCUCCAGGCCUGCAUCAAGAGGAGCCCCAAACCAAGCCGCGCCCACGCCAGGGCCGCCCACGCGCGCGUCCUCGCCGCCGGCCUCGGCGCCGACACCUUCCUCAUCAACCGCCUGGUCGAGCUCUACUCCGUCUCCGGCCUCCCAUGCGACGCUCUCCGUGCCUUCCGCUCCCUGCCCCGCCCCAACGCCUACUCCUACAACGCCGCGCUCUCGGCGGCCAGACGCGCGGGGGACCUCGACGCGGCCCGGGCGCUGCUCGACGAAAUGCCCGACCGGAACGUCGUCUCCUGGAACACCGUCAUCGCCGCGCUCGCGCGGUCCGAGCGCGCGGGGGAGGCGCUGGAGCUCUACGAAGGGAUGCUGCGCGAGGGCCUCGUCCCGACGCACUUCACGCUCGCCAGCGUGCUGAGCGCGUGCGGGGCCGUGGCCGCGCUCGAUGACGGGAGGCGCUGCCACGGGCUCGCGGUCAAGGUCGGGCUCGACGAGAACCUGUUUGUGGAGAAUGCGCUGCUUGGCAUGUACACCAAGUGUGGGGGCGUUGAAGACGCGGUGCGGCUGUUUGACGGGAUGGCUUCCCCGAACGAGGUGUCAUUCACUGCGAUGAUGGGAGGGCUGGUGCAGGCCGGGUCCGUUGACGAUGCUCUCAGGCUGUUUGCGAGGAUGUGUAGGAGUGGGGUUCGCGUUGAUCCCGUGGCCGUUUCUAGUGUUCUUGGCUCGUGCGCUCAAGCUUGCGCCAGUGAGUUUGAUGUUGUUCGUGCAUUUAGGCUUGGACAGUGCAUCCAUGCCUUGAUUGUUAGAAAAGGAUUUGGGUCAGACCAGCAUGUGGGGAACUCCUUGAUUGAUAUGUAUACAAAGUGCAUGCAAAUGGAUGAGGCUGUCAAGGUUUUUGACUCAUUGCCCAACAUCAGUACCGUUUCUUGGAACAUCCUUAUAACUGGAUUUGGCCAGGCGGGCAGCUAUGCAAAAGCAUUGGAAGUACUGAAUCUGAUGGAAGAGUCGGGGUCUGAGCCAAAUGAGGUCACUUACAGUAACAUGCUCGCGUCCUGUAUUAAGGCGAGGGAUGUUCUGUCUGCUCGUGCAAUGUUCGACAAGAUAUCAAGGCCGAGUGUGACUACGUGGAACACACUUUUAUCUGGUUACUGCCAGGAGGAACUGCAUCAAGACACAGUCGAAUUGUUUAGGAGAAUGCAGCAUCAAAAUGUGCAACCUGACCGGACAACUUUGGCUGUGAUCCUUAGUUCAUGCUCCAGAUUGGGGAUUUUGGACCUUGGCACACAAGUUCAUUCAGCUUCAGUAAGAUUCCUGUUACAUAAUGACAUGUUUGUUGCAAGUGGUUUGGUGGAUAUGUAUUCAAAAUGUGGGCAGAUUGGCAUUGCCAGGAUCAUUUUCAACAGGAUGACUGAGAGAGAUGUGGUGUGUUGGAAUUCCAUGAUCUCAGGUUUGGCUAUCCAUUCUUUGAAUGAAGAGGCCUUUGAUUUUUUCAAGCAGAUGCGAGGAAAUGGAAUGAUGCCCACAGAAUCCUCCUAUGCUAGUAUGAUCAAUUCAUGUGCAAGACUGUCCUCCGUGCCUCAAGGUAGGCAGAUACAUGCACAGAUCGUGAAAGAUGGUUAUGAUCAGAAUGUCUAUGUGGGCAGUGCCCUGAUUGACAUGUAUGCCAAAUGUGGCAACAUGGAUGAUGCACGAGUUUUCUUUGACUGCAUGGUUACGAAGAACAUAGUUGCAUGGAAUGAGAUGAUACAUGGAUAUGCUCAAAAUGGUUUUGGAGAGAAAGCUGUUGAUUUGUUUGAGUACAUGUUAACUACAGAACAGAGGCCAGAUGGUGUCACUUUCAUUGCCGUCCUAACAGGCUGUAGUCACUCCGGUCUUGUAGACGAAGCUAUUGCAUUCUUUAAUUCCAUGGAGAGCACUUAUGGAAUCACACCACUGGCUGAACACUACACUUGUCUCAUAGAUGGAUUGGGGCGAGCUGGUCGGCUUGUUGAAGUGGAGGCAUUAAUAGAUAACAUGCCAUGCAAAGAUGAUCCUAUAGUGUGGGAAGUUCUACUUGCUGCCUGUGCUGUACAUCACAAUGCUGAAUUGGGGGAAUGUGCUGCGAAGCACCUGUUUCGCCUUGAUCCAAAGAACCCAUCGCCUUAUGUGCUCUUGUCAAAUAUAUAUGCUUCCUUAGGCCGACAUGGGGAUGCAUCAGGUGUUAGGGCAUUGAUGAGUAGCCGGGGAGUUGUGAAAGGUCGUGGAUACAGCUGGAUAGAUCACAAGGAUGGCGUUCAUGCCUUUAUGGUCGCUGAUGAUCUUCAAACGGAUGGUGGAGAAUCUAAAAUGUUUAGCAACAAAGAGAGCACUGCUGGGAUUACAGAUAUACAUCAAGAAAGGACCUCUGCUGGCUGAAUUGAGUCUGGAGUUUCUGCUGUCCAUUUUGCACUGGAAGCUGGUCCGUUGUUAGCUUCCCAGGAGUGCCACUUGUGUGCAAUUUACUCGAGAGUCUCAGCUUUCACUCUUUAUGUAGCUUCAUGUGGUACUGGAAGAUGGGAAAUAGUCUGAAAGUUUUGGCA